GCGUGUGGGCGGGACCGGAAGUAGUUCGGAAGGGCCUGCCUGACCCCCGGAAAGUAUUUCCGUCGCUUCCGGCCAACUCAGUCUUCUCGAGACUCCAAUUCAUCUUGUGUGGGAAGAACUAGGGAAGGGGUGGCGGUGGAGGUGUGUGGGGUUUUUUUGAGGCAAGAUGGUGCUGCUCACUAUGAUCGCGAGAGUGGCCGAUGGGCUGCCUUUGGCCGCUUCCAUGCAAGAAGACGAGCAGUCAGGGCGGGACCUGCAGCAGUACCAGAGCCAAGCCAAGCAGCUGUUCCGCAAGCUCAAUGAACAGUCUCCAACCAGAUGUACCUUGGAAGCAGGUGCUAUGACGUUUCAUUAUAUAAUUGAGAGAGGAGUGUGUUAUUUAGUAUUGUGUGAAGCUGCCUUCCCCAAAAAGCUGGCUUUUGCAUAUCUGGAAGAUUUGCACUCAGAAUUUGAUGAACAGCAUGGAAAGAAAGUGCCAACUGUAUCCAGGCCCUAUUCUUUCAUUGAGUUUGAUACGUACAUCCAGAAAACCAAGAAACUUUAUAUUGACAGUCGUGCAAGAAGAAACCUUGGCUCUAUCAACACAGAGUUACAAGACGUACAGAGAAUAAUGGUAGCCAACAUUGAGGAAGUCUUACAACGAGGCGAAGCACUUUCAGCAUUGGAUUCCAAGGCAAACAAUCUGUCAAGUUUGUCCAAGAAAUACCGCCAAGAUGCGAAGUAUCUGAACAUGCGAUCCACCUAUGCCAAGCUUGCUGCCGUUGCUGUGUUUUUUAUCAUGCUGAUUGUCUAUGUACGAUUUUGGUGGCUGUGAGUGUUUCCCAGGCAUUAAAGAUGGACAACUCAUAAUAUAGCAGGCAUAAAGUUGUGAGAUGCCAAGAUCACAGGGAUGUAUAUUAGAAUCCCCAGUGGGAUGCCCUUAUAGUGAGAAUUGCUGCUAUUCUCCAGUGAAUUUUUAUUUCUAAAUAUCAGAUCUUGCUGAACUCUAAGGAUUUUUGUUUCCAGCUGUUGCACACUUAAAAGACAUAAAAUGUGUCCAUCCAGCUAGCAGCACUGAUAGGAGUAUUCUGUGUUUGUUUAUUGGCCCAGUUUUCUGCUACUCAGCACUGUAGCAGUUAGCCAAAUUCUAUCUGUAAAUAAGCCCAGCCCUGGUAAUAAAGGGACUCUAAUGAACAUUCCUAGUACUAGUGCCCUUUUCUUAUUAAGAAUCCAGGUCUUGCUAAUUGAACAGAAAUAUCUGUUCAAAAUCUGACACUUUAUUAGAUAAAUGUGGGUGUAGUUUGUUCGGUCAUUUUAUAUUGUCAGGUAUCCUUCCUUGUGACACUAACCCUUCUCAAUAUGAUGUCCUUCAGAUACAUUGGGCUACAACUGCAGUCGUUCCCAACUAGUAGGCAAGAUGUCUGAGGAUGUGUAGUCCAGCACAUCAAGGCUGCAUUUAUAGCAUUGUUUAAGUAAAUAUGCUUUACUUAAGCAAAAUCCAUCCAAUGCUAAGUAAAAUAGUGAAAUAGUUGUAAUAGAAUUAAAUCCAAUUUCACUUCAAAAAUAUCCAUGUUCUAAGACAUCUUUCGGGUAUAACACAAAAUUGACCGCAUUUGAGGAUUGUACAGCAGAUAAACCAUAGUUAAGUGUGAUGUGAAGGAAUGACAAUGAAUCUUGUUCUUAUGUACUCUGUUCCUCUUUUUCCUGCCAAGAGGAGGAGUCUGGAAAGUUUACUUACAUCUUUAUUCAGCCGUAUUUUUGUCAUAUCAUCUGGGCUGAUAAACUGGAGUUACUUCUCAAUAUGGUUAUUUUCAAACAAGCAGACUUCAGUAAAUAGAAGCUAGAUUGUUAAAAUUAAUCAUUGUUAAGAUUAAGCACCAUUUGUCCACUUAAAUAAUUUAGGAAGACAUGAUUAAAUAAAAGUGAUCAUGUGUAAGAGGACAUAUCAAUGGGGAGUGUGCUAGCUGCAAGCUCACUUUAGUUUGUUCACAUCACACUAAAUAUUGAUUUGGGCUAAAGCAACACUUCCAUAUAACUUAUAAGGAAUCAUUAAGUGACCCACAUUCGUCUGAAAAUUUUAUGUGCUGCUUUGCUUUCCCCAGCCUAUAAAAUGAGAGGGCAAAGUAGAGUCUUUCAGACGUUACUGGACUGCUACUCCUAGUAUUUUUCACCAUCAUUGGCUGUGCUGGCUAAGGCUGAUAAAAGUUGCAGUCAACCAAUCUGGGAGCCACACUUCGCUUGCCUUUGCUAUAAUAUCUGGAUUCUUCUCCUUUAGAAAGGACUUGAAGAGCAGGCCUCUUUCUGGAAGCUUUAGCAAUUUGUUUUGAAAAAAAUUAAGUUCUUUUGUCAGUCUGUUUGUUUCCUAGAUGUUUACUUCCUACUUCUGUGUAGGAAACUAUGAAAAAAUAGUUGUGGGACAGAAACUGUUGGAAUCAUAAACUUCAUAAGAAGUGUGUUUCUUUGGAGGACCACUAAUCCUCAGACAAAUAUUGAGGAAAAAUGCAGAGAUUUCUUGAUAAAAAGCACAUGUGUUAUGUGUGUGCUAUAAGAGGGCAAAAAUGAAGCUACCCCCCCUCAUUAACUCUCAGCAAAAGUCUCCCUAAAUUUUGCUGCCAUCCCAAGGCUGGUAGAGUAGGACAAAAACAUUUGUGGCAUUAAAUCUGCCCCUGCUGUCCACAUGCUGCUGUUUUACUGCUGACAAUUUGCUUCUAAAUUCCUGUUGACUUUCCCACUUUAAUAUAUAUAAGUAAUACAAUUAUUCUGCCAGGGAAAUAGAAUCACUUCUUCAAUUUGAUAAGGCCCAAUAAAUCCUUGGCAUUGAUUGAUAGCUCUUUUACUAGUUGUCUGUUGCCACCCAAUUGUCAGCAGUGAAAUAAAUAUGUUAAAUUUG